GCCAUUUUAGGAGGAAACCGGGGGCGCUAGCUCGGGGCGCGGCUUCAAUUUCAAUAACUUUAUUGGUGGCCUCUCCCGCGGGACGGCCAUCGCGCCCGUGGCCUGGACACGAAGGAGCGCAUCGCCGGAGGUGGUGACGGGCGUGGGCGGCGCGGGCUGCGGGGGAGUCCCCAUAGCGGGCGAGGCCCGGGAGCUGCGGGGGUUGCCUCGCUCGGGGCCGCGGGCGCCUGGGGUGUGCCCCGCUCGGUGUGGUGCCCCCGACCGGAGCCGCAGGCAUGGGAAACACCACCAGCGACCGGGUGUCCGGGGAGCGCCACGGCGCCAAGGCUGCGCGCGCCGAGGGUGCCGGCGGCCAUGGCCCGAGCAAGGAGCACAAGAUCAUGGUGGGCAGCACGGACGACCCCAGCGUCUUCAGCCUGCCGGACUCCAAGCUCCCUGGGGACAAAGAGUUUGUCUCAUGGCAGCAGGACUUGGAGGACUCCGUGAAGCCGGCGCAGCAGGCCCGGCCCACCGUGAUCCGCUGGUCGGAGGGAGGCAAGGAGGUCUUCAUCUCUGGGUCCUUCAACAAUUGGAGCGCCAAGAUUCCACUGAUAAAAAGCCAUAAUGACUUUGUUGCCAUCCUGGACCUCCCUGAGGGAGAGCACCAAUACAAGUUCUUUGUGGAUGGACAGUGGGUUCAUGACCCAUCCGAGCCCGUGGUUACCAGUCAGCUUGGCACGAUCAACAAUUUGAUCCAUGUCAAGAAGUCGGAUUUUGAAGUGUUUGACGCCUUAAAGCUAGAUUCCAUGGAAAGCUCUGAGACGUCUUGUCGAGACCUUUCCAGCUCACCCCCAGGGCCUUAUGGUCAAGAAAUGUAUGUGUUUCGAUCUGAAGAGAGAUUCAAAUCCCCACCCAUACUUCCUCCUCACCUGCUCCAAGUUAUUCUUAACAAGGACACUAAUAUUUCUUGUGACCCAGCUUUACUCCCUGAGCCCAACCACGUUAUGCUGAACCAUCUCUAUGCAUUGUCCAUUAAGGACAGCGUCAUGGUUCUUAGUGCAACGCAUCGCUACAAGAAGAAGUAUGUCACCACUCUGCUGUACAAGCCCAUCUGAAAGCAGCCUCCUCUGCCUCCGAGGAUUCAGGAAAAGUCUUUUUUGCCUUUCUGGACUGCACCGGUCUCAUGUGAGACUGGGAGGCUGAUUUGCUUUGAGGCUGAUGUGUGUGUUUCAGAGCCUCUGAGUAGGAUGCUCUGCUUUGGCAUUCGAUCGCGGAUGAGAGCUUUAUGAGUUCAUGGAAUUUAUUUUAAGAAAAAAUAUAUAUGUAUUUGUGAGAGGAAGGCCACUGGAAGCCUGUUGGUUCCAGCCACAUGUAUUCCCUGCCUGUGGGUGCUCACCAAGACCUGCUUGGGGGAGCUGCAGAAAUAACUGCACAGGAAGCCUUUUCCUACAAUGCGAGGUCGUAGGAUCCUUCCGGGCGGAGAUUCGGUCACCACUGCAUCUGCCCUCCAAGGAAUGGACCCGUGCUCGCCUGCUGCCCUCCUCCAGCCGCCCUCUGCAGGGGCGGCUUCGCUUGCAUGGGUUCUCGGUAUUCCCAGGGUAUGUGGCACAGCUGGUGUUCUUUUAUGUGGUACCACAUGCCCCACAGGAACUCUUUUCCCUUCUUAUCCCAUUCUUGACGAGUCUCCCUCAGAUACCAUACCUGACCCUUGUCUAACGCAAAACUCGGGUGAGUGUAUUUGAAAAGUAUGUGGGCUCUGAACCACGCGUCACUAGGGCUGCCUGAGCUCUCCGUGUUAGCCCAGCACAGGCCACUUUGUUUCUGCUUCUUUUACUUUCUACUGAAAGUAGAAAGGCAGAGGGCAGAAGGCCUGCUAUUUGUUUUGGCUUGGGGCAGCAGCCUCAGCUGUGUUGCCACCUGCCCAUGGGUUUCCCACUCUGCCUGGCCCUGCUUCCAGCUUUUCUUCCCCAGAGCACAUAGCCCUGCAGGCAGCAGUGGAACCAGGAGAAACUUUCAUGUCUUUCAUCCUGGAAAGUUUGUUUUAUGUGCCUGCAUUUUUUUUUUUAAUUAAAAAUUCCUUUUCAUUGAUCUUAAGAAAUAAAGAACUUAAUAUCACUGGUCUUAAGAAAUUGGAGGACUUCAGGCUCUGGAUGAAAGGUUCUUAAGAUUUUCUUCCUCUGCUCUGGAGAAGUCUGUAGUCUUGCAUUCAUAUGGCCAAGCCCUGUGCACAUCACUACACUCAAUGUUGCUCUAGAUACAGAUUCACUGGAUGCCCCCAAGGGCUCCCUCAACUUAAAGAUUUGUUAAGCCAAGAAACAAGGAAGCAACCCUGAAAAGUAUUGCUCUUUGCACUAAGUGUGAACGUCUCUUGUUCCUCUGCCUCACCUGUUUAAAAAAUGUUUGGCAAUGAAGUGAAGUCCUGGAUCUUCAUUUGUGGACUGAUGAGUAGCUGUUAAAUCCACUCUUGGGGCUCAAAGAGAAAACAUUUUUUCCAAGUACCUGUGACUCUUCCACUUUGCAGAUAAAUACAGGACACAUAUUCAGUACAGAAGGAGGCCAAACUGUUGAUAACUAAGAGACUCCUUGCCUGCUAAGAUGGGCCCAGCCACGCGAGAGGGCACAUCCCAGUCAGUUUAGCUACCUCCUGUUUUCCACGUGCAGUGCUGGCAACAUGAUGUGGAGACCUCUUGGAUCCCAGGUGUGAGGCAGCUAGGUGUGGGGUGGUGGUUUUGCUGAGAAUGCAAAUUUACGGUGCCUUGGUGGUUAACUGCAGAGUAAACACUGCUUUAGCCAUCCUAGGCCCCUCUGGCAAAAGGCCUUUGUGGAGAACCGAGACUACUUAGAGUAGUAUGCCACUUUAAGACCCAGGCCAAAUCCCAUUACAAGCAACUCUUAGGUUCUGCGUCGUCAUCAGUUGUACUACACAUUUGUUCUUCAAUACUCAUUACAUAAGUGGGCCACUUGGGGAGAUUCGGAAUCUUGCUUGUGACAUGGAAGAUUUUGUGAUUUUCAUUUUUCUUGUCAAUGGUAUUGAAAUGUAACUCUGUGUGUUCAUAUUCCAUACAGGUUUACCAGUAUAAUGGGGCAGGAAAAGAAGUUUCUUCAAUUUCUCUCAGGCCAGAGGCUUCUGUGGUUUGAGUCUGGGUUGACUUUCAGAUCUUUCUGAUCUGGAAUUGUGCACAGUGAAUGUCAGUUUCCCAAGUUCUGAAGCAAUCUCUCAGCCACACGUGGAAUGGGAGCCUACCAGCUGGUAUGGAAGGGGAUGUGUAAGAGGAGCUAGGCAUGGCCCAUUCAACACUGUCCUCUUUCUAUGCUAAUACAUCCCUUGGUCCUGAGAACCCCCAUCUUGAUCUGUCUCCAUGGAGCUGUUCUGUAGGGGCGAGGGCAGGGAGGAAGGUGUCUCCAAGUACAGCUCACUCAUCCUUUUGUACUGGUUAGCUAAAGGGAUGCUUUAUUUUUUACAGAAGACAGAGUGAUAGAUUUAGAAAAUCAGUAAAGGCAAAAAAAAUUUUUUUUAGCCUUUUUUAAAAAUUUGGCUGUAGGCAUUUCACAGGGUCAAAGUUGGCAGAAUGAAAAAAAUAGCUCCUAGGGAAGGCUGACCCUUUAAAGACCUGCUCCAUGGAUUUGGAGUUGUGGGGGAAAGCUAGGAGACUGAGCUGAGGGAUGACAUUAGGAAAAUAAAGACUUAGUAGGUAACGUAACUCAGAACGGAAAAUACCCUCUGACAAACAGGGGUAAUGGCAGGUCCUCGGGUCUCGUGUGCAGAACUUAGCAGUGUGCAACACAUCUGCCCUUUGCCUCCCGCUCCUAUUGGCUGCCUCUUCCUCCGCUCCCUGCUUUAACUUCAUUUGUCAGGCAGACUUUGCCAGGGUCUCAAGUUAAAUAUUACCUAAAACACAGGUGAGUCAUCUCCACACCGUGGUUAUUUGUUUGCUUUAAGAUCACAGUUGAAAGGGAUUUAACCACUGUAGACGGCGAAAGUUGUGAAUAGUGUUGGCUUUUUCCACGUAUGUUUGAACAUAUGAUAGGGAAAUGGUUAAAGGAGAAUCCAAGAGGAAUUCCUGAGAGGAUCCUAUCCGCCAGGCUGCUUAUCUUCCCCCACUUAUUGCUAGUCUUUUGCAGAUCUAACAGAUCUGAGAUUAAACCUUUGGAAAGUGUCAGUACUCCAUGCAUGCUGCUAAAAUGAGUUUGGAAAGAAGUGAUGCCUCCAUUAUAUUAAUCUUGAAUGUAAAUGAAGGAGACAUACUACUGAGAGAAUUCCCUGCUUUUAAUUGGGGAAAUAGGGCUUUUAAAAUUUUGACCUCAACUGAAAAUGAUAUGCAAUAGUCUAUGUUUUUAUGUGUUUAAAAUACAUUCUAUUCUCAGAGAUACCUACAUUCUUCACGUUCUAGUGAUUUGGGGUAUGGGCUUAAAAGCAGAUAUUCAAUUUGUUCCUACAUUAUUCUGACCUGUCCUUAAAGCCAAGUUCUUGCUAUUUUCUACAAGAGGCUACUGACUGCUAAUCAGUUACCCAUGGGAGGGAAGACCUGGGAGAGGUAAGGGUUAGGGUCUUUUCAGAACUUUAUGGCUCUAGCCACUUGUCUCUCCUGAGUGCCAGUCACAAUUGGAGGUCAAAGGAAUGUGAUUUCUUCAAUGAACUCAAAACUUUGGAGUAAGAGGUCAAAUCUUUUUCAAAUUAUAAGAAAGAAGGAAAAAAGGAAACACCUCAAGUCAGUUACUUGUAGAAUCGAAUUCUUAGUGAUGGAAUCUCUCUAGGAUUCUGAUUUGGGCUUUGUCUUCAUUUGCUUUUCUCAAUUGUGCUUUGAAGUGAAUUGUUGUCAUUAAAAAUUAAACUUUUCAAUAAUGUCAACAUUAGCUGGAGUUAACUUGAAUUAAUUGUGUGUAUAACAGUACUUUUGCAGUAAGACUGGUGUGAAAUAUUAAACACUAUGGGUUUUUUAAGUGUCAGGUUAAAUGGGCAAGGGAUACCUACAUUAAGUAUUCUGUUAGGUAUUGAUUGUGUAACUGAUUUUCUGUAUCCCUCUACAGAACACUUACCCUACCCAGCUUGUGGUUUUAGGACUGUCAGAGCUCUUUAUUGUUGAUAGUCCUAUCUCUGCACUGGGUCCCAUGUAUGAGACGUGUUUGGGUUUUAGCAAAAAGGAAGAUGUUGGCUAGAAGCACACAGAAGCAUUUCGAAUGAGUGCAGCUCUGUGUCCAUCAUGGGGGGUGGGGGUGGGGAACAGAACUGUAACUUGAAGGUAAUUAAAUCUGCAAGAGUCUGCCUUUAAAUGGUGCUUUUUGUAACCUUUAACCGAGGUACAGAGCUGCUUUUCAAUAUUUCACAAAGGAGUGGCACACAAAUAUGGAUUUCAAAGUCUUUCUCUACAUGUAAUUUGUCACUGGAUUCAAACAUGCCUGAAAAUUGUGUGAUGUGACACAUACAGAAAUGUGAGGUUUUUUUUUCCAUAAAACUGUUUAAUAAAGUGUUAUACAGCAAUAA